UAAUAAAAUUAAUAAUGUCUAAAAUAUUGAGAUAGGAUUAUGAAGAGGUUCUUAAAAGGAAUCCUAAUGACAUUAGAUCUAUGAUAGCAUUAGGUUGUCUUUCCUUUAAUUUAGGUUACUAAUUGUUACAAUAAUAAAAAAGGAAUCAGGCACUCUAUUGGUUUGAUGCAGCAAUCAGUCUGGAUCCUAAUAUGGUUGAUUCUCUAUGUGGAAAAGGUAACUGCAUGAUCAAUACACAAGGUGAUGCUUUGUAGUUAUUGGAUAAACAUUAGAAAGCAAUUUAAUGGUAUGAUCGAGCAUUGAGUAUUGCACCAAAUCAUGUUCCAAGCUUGGUAGGAAAAGGUACCUUGUUGUUCAAAUUAAUAGCCAAAGCACUUUAUCAAUUAGAAAUAGAUUUUAAUAAAUUAGCUAAACGUAUUGCAAUCAUUAAUUUUCUAUCUAGCAAAGCUCCUUAAUAAGUAAAAGACAGAGUCUAGUCUCAAUGAACGAGGUAUUACAACCUAUUAUUUUUCAUAAUCUAGAUUCAUUAGAAAAGCAAAAGCUUGAAUAACGUUUCAAAGAAAAAGGUAUUAAACAUUGUAUCUUUAAGAAGAUCUCAGCAAAGAAAGAUUAGAAAUCAGACUUAAAGAAAAAGGUAAUAUCCAAAUAUUAGAAAAUAGAAAAGCUUAAUUUAAAUAAGGAAUAAGAAGCAAGACUAAAUGAUAAAGGUAAUCAUAACCAAUAUUUAUAAGCCAAGGCCUUACAUUAAUAUAAAAUUGAAGCAUUACUUUAAGGGAAACGUAUUAUUCUCUAAGAAUUUAGCUAAACCUAAACAUUAAAUUGAGUUGGAGUAGGAAAUAGAAUUAGAACUUGAGUCUUAAAAGUACUUUGAUUAAGCAUUAUCAACCAAACCUAACCAAAUAUAAGCACUUACAGGAAAAGGUAAAAAACGUUGAUAUCAACCUAGGACUUUGUAUUAAUACAUUUUAUAAAUAACUUGAUGCUGAAAACAUUAUAAAUAAAGUCUUAUCUUUGCCAUCUAUUUAAGGUCAUAAUGAUAAACAAUCUGAUAUCUAUGCGGCAAAAGGUACUAUUUUGAUUUAUGCUAGGCGAUAUUUUACUAAAUCAAUAAAAAUAUGCAGAAGCCAAUAUUUUUUAUGACAAAGCAUUAGAAUUGGAUUCCAAUCAUCUUCAAAGCCAAUUUGGAAAAGGUAUUAUUUACAAUGAGAAGUAGGCUAAUAUUUUAGAUUGAUAGAGAAUUAUGAUGAUGCUAUUGAAUGGUAUGAUAAAGUGAUAAAAAUAAAACCAAAUCAUAUAAAUUCGAUUUGGGGAAAAGGUUAAUUAUUUUUUUUAUCUAUGUAGGUGAAUCAUUAAGAAUGCAAGACAAAUUCAGAAAGGCUAUAGUAUAUUUUGACAAGGCUCUGAAAUAUCAUCCAAAGCAUUUCUUAUCUCUUUAUGGCAAAGGUACCAUCAAAAACUAUAUGUUUUCAAGGAGAAGCACUUAGAAUGUUGAAAUAUAAUUAUGAUGCAUCUGUUGAAUAUAAACAAGCACUAGAAUUGUAGCCUAAUCAUAUUAAAGGAUUAUUUGGAUAUGGGGAAGUGUUAAAACUGAUGAGAAAGUACUAAUAAUCUUUGGUAUGUUACAAGAAAAUCUUGGAAAUAGAUUAAGGCAACAUGGAAGCAGUGUAGUUGAAAUGUAACUAUUUAUCCUAUGAUUUUAGAUGAGGUAGAACAUUUCAUUUCAUAAAUGUAAUAAAAGGAAUAGAUUAAUAUAAUGAGAAAGUAAGAUCUCCAAAGCAAUAGUAAAUUUUUUGAUGGUCUAUAAACCAAUUCUCUAAAUUUUAGAAAAAAGUUUUGA